AAAAAUUCCCUUGAUAAUUGUCCCCAGCAUACAUAAAUAAAAACAUACCAGAUGAAAAUGCAAAAAGGUCAAAAGAGUUUGUAUGUUCCCCAUGGCCCAUCGUAAAAAAGGUGGAAAACAUGCUGGAAACGAUUAUUCAAACCCCGCAACCAAGCCUCCAUCCGAUUUCCCUGGUCGCCUUAACCGAAGAAAGUGGUCUUGCGUACAAUCCAUAAACGCAAAAAGUUGGCAUCAUGGAUCCUUACGAACAGACGUUCAACGAGAGCGCCAUGCCGGAUGCGGAUUUGGACGACAGUGAAAUUCAAAAGUUAGAAAAGGAAUUGGCUCCUCAAUCCUCAGACUACUAUGCCCUACUUAAUGUGUCGAAAACGGCUACUCCAGAAGAGCUCAAAGAAGCAUACAAAAGACUAUGCCGUUUCUUCCACCCUGACAAGCACAACGAUAGUGAAAAAAAGAAACUAGCUGAAGCACGUUUUCAAGUUAUUCAUCACGCUUAUGAAGUCUUGAGCGACCCUAUGAAGCGAGUGAUCUACGAUACCUAUGGUGAGGAAGGCUUGAAUGCGUCUUGGGAAGUAGGCCACCGUUACAAAACCACGGAAGAGUUGAGAGCCGAAUACGAGCACAAGGCUCGUUUGCAACGUGAACAAGAUUUGGAGAACCUUGUGCGUUCUCGAGGAGAAUUUCAUCUUGGCCUUGACUUAUCCCAAGUGUUUGAUCCUUAUGAACCUCCCGUAUUCCCUACUGGGUUUGGACAACCUAUCACUCGCCCCAAACCAAAAGGUCCUCUUCAUGCAUUGAAGAAAACGCAAGUGCAGCAAUUGUUUAUGCGUCAUUCAUUUGAGACGCCGAUCGGGACACGAACGCAUGCGGUUAUUGGUGGAUCCAUGGUAUCGCGUAGUGGUCUUGGCGGAGGAAACAUCAUGGGUACUAUACGUCAUACGGUAUCGCCUAAACUAUGGGGAGAGUUCACUGCAACGCUCUUGAAACCCAGAGGCUGCACGCUCAAGACAUUCUAUACCGUUUCGUCAGACAGUUUCGUAAACACGACAGUUCAGACACGCACGUUGGCGGCGCCUCCUGUACUUUCGGUUACAGCUGGUCGUCGAUUGUUUACAACCACCACCGGUUACAUCACGUAUCGUACAGGCGAAUGGUCUUUGCUUGGUUGGGGUGGGGAUGUGUCGCGAAAAUCCGAUCGAUCGUCUUUGUCACUUGGCUUGGCAGGUGCCAAGAAAAAGGGAAAUUACACAGUCGAACUUCAGACUGGUAUUAUUUCCUCUCACAUCGCUGCGGAUUAUACGCACAAGAUGAUGAAUCAAAUGCAACUGCGUGUGUCUGGGUCGCUUUCAACCGUGGGUGGUAUUGUUGCGAGUCUUGGUAGCGACCAUAAAUUAUCUGAACAUACACGUUUCGGGAUGUCGAUGGAAUGUGGUCUAGCCUCCGGUGUGGUAGUCAAAUUCAGAGUGUCUCGAUUGGGACAAAAGAUUGUUUUACCUUUUAUUUUGUCCAACGAAUUUGAUGCCAAAUUGGCGUUCUUUGGUGCCGUGUUGCCAGCCUCCGUGGCUUUUGCUGUGGAUCAUUUCGUGUUGAAGCCCCGACGACGAAGGCAGAUUCAAGAAAAAAUUCAGGAGCUUCGUGAGGAACAUGCCGACUAUUUGGCUUCCAAGAAGGAGCAAGCACUGGAUGCUCAGCGUCUGAUGAGCGAGAUCAGUGACCGAAAGAAGAAGCAAGAAGAAAAGAAAAAGGAUGGUCUUGUCAUUGUGAAGGCGUUAUACGGUCAUUUGGAAAACUUGAAAGAUGAUGACAGUGAAGAGGAAACGGAAGGCGUCAUUGAUGUGACGGUGGUUAUCCAAACAUUGGUGAAUGAAUCAAGAUUAACUAUUCCUGGAGGACAUUCAAAGGUAAAGCAUAAAGAAAAUGAAGAAAAGAAAAUGAAGAAUAUGGCAAUGAAAGCACGAAUGGAUGGAUCGUAUUGA